AUGAGUCAUACAAAUGGGUCAAAGCGUUGGGAUUGGAAGUGGCAAGACAACGUCCGCUACAAGAAGCCGACGCGCCUGCCCGCGCCAGAAUACAUCUUCGAGUUGAUGAAUUGGGUCGAGGGAGAACUCAACGACGACGAAUUAUUUCCUCUUUCUUCGGCGGAGCCCUGGCCGCGUGAUUUCAUGCGUAGAAUUCAGCGAAUCUUCACGAGAAUGCACAGAGUGUUUGUGCACGUCUACUACUCGCAUUUUAGACGCAUUCAGGAAAUUGCUGGCGAAGCUCAGGUGAAUUACUGCUAUAAACACUUCUGGUUUUUCGUCAACGCGCACGGGCUGAUCCCUCAAUCUGAACUUGAGCCUCUUGCCGACCUUGCUUCGCGCAUCUGCAGGUACGUGGAGAACAUCUGGCAAGGGCUGAAGUCGGCGAUCCAGGAGAUCCAAAAGAAGAACAACUCCGGUCUCUCGUUUGAGGAGCUGUAUCGAAAUGCGUACACGAUGGUGCUGCAUAAACACGGAGACAAACUGUACUCUGGAUUACGAUCCGUUGUCAGCGAACAUCUCACCGAAAAAGUGCAAAAGGAUGUGUUAAAAUCGCUCAACAACGACUUCCUGAACUGCCUGUCGACGCAAUGGAAAGACCACCAGACGGCGAUGGUGAUGAUACGCGAUAUUUUGAUGUACAUGGACCGCGUCUACGUUCAGCAGCAUAAAGUCGAAAACGUCUACAACCUCGGCCUCAGCAUAUUCAGAGAUCAAGUUGUCCGCUCGCCAAAGAUAAGGGUUCAUCUCAAAACGACGCUGCUAGACAUGGUUGCUCGGGAAAGAAGAGGCGAAAUCGUUGAUAGAGGAGCUUUGCGAGAAGCAUGUUCAAUGUUGAUGAUUUUGUCAAUGAACGAUUCGCACAAAUCGGAAAAUGACAAACGAAAAGUCUAUAUCGAAGAUUUCGAAGAGCCGUUCCUCGAGCAAUCGCGCGAAUUCUACAAACUCGAGUCUCAGAAAUUCCUCGCCGAAAACUCCGCGUCUGUAUAUAUCAAAAAAGUGGAGCAACGGAUCGCUGAAGAAGCUGAACGAGCGAAGCACUAUCUUGAUCCCUCGACUGAGAAGGAGAUUGUCAGGGUGAUCGAGGAAGAGCUCAUUCGAGAGCAUUUGAGGACGAUUGUCGAGAUGGAGAAUUCUGGCGUUGUUUAUAUGCUCAAAAACGAUAAAGUCGAAGAUCUCCGAGACAUGUACCUAAUCCUAUCGAGAAUCGGCAAAGACGGAAUCGAAGCAAUCAAACAGGUCGCCUCUGAUAACCUGAGAGCCGAAGGAAAAUCAGUCGUCGAAGAGAACGCCAAAAAAUCUGCCGUCGAUUACAUUCAAGCUUUACUAGAUCUCAAAGAAAAAUACAACCGCUUCUUGACGGAGUCGUUCCGCGACGACCGCGUCUUCAAGCAAAUGAUCACCUCGGAUUUCGAGCAUUUCAUCAAUUUGAACUCGAAGAGUCCAGAGUAUCUUUCACUUUUCAUCGAUGAGAAGCUCAAAAAGGGUAUCAAGGGUCUCAAAGACAGCGAAAUUGAUGAUAUUCUCAAUAAAGCGAUGGUUAUGUUCAGAUUUUUGUCCGAAAAAGAUGUAUUCGAGCGAUAUUACAAAAACCAUCUUGCAAAACGUCUUCUGAGUUCAAAAACAUUAUCCGAUGAAACAGAAAAGCAAAUGAUUCAAAAGCUUCGCCAAGAAUGCGGCUGUCAAUUUACGUCAAAGCUCGAUGGCAUGUUCAAAGACAUUUCCCUAUCCGUAACUAUUAACGAUGAGUUCAAAAAUCGAAACCGUUCAAAUCUCAGUAUCGACCUAAAUAUGAAAAUUCUGACGACAGGCUACUGGCCAACUCAAGCUCAAACGCAACAGUCAAUUCUACCUACAGUAGCGCUAAAUGCUUUCAACGAAUUUAAAGAUUUCUACCUUGCAAAACACACUGGCCGCCAGCUGACCUUACAGGCAAACAUGGGCACCGCCGAUUUGAAUGCAGUUUUCUAUGGCAAUCCAAAGAAGAAGCAGACUCAAAGCUUAGAUGAAGGAACAUCCGAAGCUCCUGCGCCAGAGAAACCAAGAGAAAGAAAACAUAUUCUAACAUGUUCUACUUAUCAAAUGGUCGUCCUGAUGGCAUUCAAUAAGAAAGAUCAGUGGACAUUCGAAGAACUCGUCGCUGAAACAGACAUUCCUGAAAAAGAAUGCAACCGAUGUUUGCUUUCUAUGGUGCACGGGAAAGUAACGCAGCGUAUUCUCAAGAAAGAUCCUCCAAAGGGCGAGAUUCAAAAGACAGACGUCAUUUCCGUCAACGACAACUUCGUUUCAAAACUUUACAAAGUCAAGAUUCUUUCCGCAGCAAAAUCUGGCGAGAAUGAAGUCGAAACGAAGGAGACCAGGACGAAGGUCGAUGAAGAUCGCCGCCACGAGAUCGAAGCCGCGAUCGUGCGAAUUAUGAAGUCGAGGAAGAACUUGAAUCAUAAUCAGCUCGUCGCGGAAGUCAUUGACCAACUUAAAGCUCGUUUCAGCCCGACGCCAGCAGUAAUCAAAAAGCGAAUCGAAGCACUGAUCGAACGCGAGUACCUGACGAGAGACAACGGCGAUCGCAAACUGUACAAAUAUGUUGCAUAG